AUGGAGAAGUAUUUAUCCCUUACAAGAUUCGUUGAGAAGAUGAGCGGUGGUAGGAUGGGAGAGUUUCUUGGAAGAAUUAUGGGAUUGGAGGUCCGACUGGCCCAAGAUUUCUUUCCACUGGAGAGAACUCUUUACAUCACUUUUAACCUAGCUUCGGGCCUUCAGAAGCUGAGAACGCUUGAUGUUUAUCUUAUUGGUUGGAAAGCAGGCGCAUAUGGUUUCUUAGAUAGAGCCAGCGAUUGGGAGAGAAAGAUGCGCGAGUACCAUUCAACGUCCUGGAAGCUCGGUAACCUGAAACCUAUCACAAUAACUGGGGUUGGUAGUAAUAUAGAGAAAGAUGUCUUCGAGGAGCUACUUAAGGCUGAGGGCCGCACGCUAGUCAUUUUGGGGAUAUCUGGAUAUGUGGUUACGGAGGAGUUUGGAGAGCGCAGAUUGGAAAAGGCGCAGCUCUAA